AUGCACCCUUCAGAUGGAAAGGUUGAGGUGACAAAGGAAGGUGUAAAGCUGUGUACCAUGGGGCCUGGCAAGGUAUUUGGGGAACUGGCCAUCCUUUACAACUGCACCCGGACAGCCACCGUCAAAACUCUCGUAAAUGUGAAACUUUGGGCUAUUGAUCGGCAAUGUUUUCAAACAAUAAUGAUGAGGACUGGCCUCAUCAAGCAUACAGAGUAUAUGGAAUUUUUGAAAAGUGUACCAACAUUCCAGAGCCUCCCUGAAGAGAUACUCAGUAAGCUUGCUGAUGUCCUUGAAGAGACACACUAUGAAAAUGGAGAGUACAUUAUCAGGCAAGGUGCUCGAGGGGACACUUUCUUCAUAAUCAGCAAAGGCAUGGUAAAUGUUACUCGGGAAGAUUCUCCUGGGGAAGAUCCAAUCUUUCUCCGUACAUUAGGAAAAGGAGAUUGGUUUGGAGAAAAAGCCCUCCAGGGGGAAGAUGUCAGGACAGCCAAUGUGAUUGCUGCUGAAGCUGUAACGUGUCUUGUCAUCGACAGAGACUCAUUCAAACAUUUGAUUGGGGGCCUGGAUGAUGUUUCCAAUAAAGCAUAUGAGGAUGCCGAAGCAAAAGCAAAAUAUGAAGCCGAAGCUGCCUUCUUCGCCAACCUGAAACUGUCUGACUUCAACAUCAUUGACACCCUUGGAGUUGGAGGUUUUGGAAGAGUUGAGCUGGUCCAGUUGAAAAGCGAUGAAUCAAAAACCUUUGCUAUGAAGAUACUGAAGAAACGCCACAUAGUAGACACAAGGCAACAGGAGCACAUACGCUCAGAGAAGCAGAUCAUGCAAGGGGCGCACUCAGAUUUUAUUGUGAGGCUGUACAGGACAUUCAAGGACAGCAAAUAUUUAUAUAUGUUGAUGGAGGCUUGUUUAGGAGGAGAGCUUUGGACAAUUCUCAGGGACAGAGGUUCAUUUGAAGAUUCUACAACCAGAUUUUAUACAGCAUGUGUGGUAGAAGCUUUUGCCUAUCUGCAUUCCAAAGGAAUCAUUUAUAGGGACCUCAAGCCAGAAAACCUCAUCCUAGAUCAUCGAGGUUAUGCCAAACUGGUCGAUUUUGGCUUUGCAAAAAAAAUAGGAUUUGGAAAGAAAACAUGGACUUUUUGUGGAACUCCAGAGUAUGUAGCCCCAGAGAUCAUCCUGAACAAAGGUCAUGACAUUUCAGCAGACUACUGGUCACUGGGAAUCUUAAUGUAUGAGCUCUUGACUGGCAGUCCACCUUUCUCAGGCCCAGACCCCAUGAAAACCUAUAACAUCAUAUUGAGGGGGAUUGACAUGAUUGAAUUUCCAAAGAAGAUUGCCAAAAAUGCUGCUAACCUAAUUAAAAAACUAUGCAGGGACAACCCAUCAGAAAGAUUAGGGAACUUGAAAAAUGGAGUGAAGGAUAUUCAAAAGCACAAGUGGUUUGAAGGCUUUAACUGGGAAGGUUUAAGAAAAGGUACAUUGACACCUCCUAUAAUACCAAGUGUUGCAUCUCCCACAGAUACAAGCAAUUUUGAUAGUUUCCCUGAGGACAACGAUGAACCACCACCUGAUGACAACUCAGGAUGGGACAUAGACUUUUAAUGUAUCUCUCUUACCUGCUUCUGCCUUGCUGAAGACAGCUUCCUGAGAUAUGGCUGCCAGCAGACCUGAAGGAAUUGGGAAGGAUUAGCGCUCGGGGUCACCAUGAUGCCUUGAUUGAUGCUGCUACAGUAACUACAGUGGCAUUAGGACUUAUCGCUUAGAUGACAAUAGUGCUCUUCACAUGUUUUCUGUUUGAACUUACCAUAGCAGUUGACAUGGUGGUCCUGAAGCAAAGCCUUUUUCACUGGUAAAUAAAUGUGUUUUCUAUCACUGUAAUGAAUUUGCUAUGCUCCAGUCAUAAUUUGAAAGUUGAGUAAGAUGCACAUACUUCUAGCUGCAAGAUCGUUUUUCUUUAUUGUUUUAAUUCUCAAUAACGAAAUACUCAGUACUGUAGUUUAUUCUACACUGUAGAAUCUACAGUCUAGAAUCUGGGGUAUUCCCCAAUGGCAAAAUGACUCGGGGAGGGGGUGUCUCUUCAAGGAGGCCGAUGUACAAAGGACCAUGAAGCGAUCGGUCGAGGAGCUUAUGUCAAAGCAGCGCUAUAAGUUGUCUUUCUUUUCAAGCAGUAUUCAUGACAAGAAUGAAUGUUACCUUUUCCCCAUUUUUAAUUCCUGAUGUGCUUUUCC